AUGACACUGGAGGAAAAGGUCCUUCUCUUGACGGGGCAAGACCUUUGGCGCACAAACCCGAUCCAGCGGCUGGGUGUUUCCAGAAUCAAGACAUCUGAUGGGCCUGUCGGUGUUCGUGGCGGCAUCUUCACAGACGGCGUCAAGACGGCUUCAUUGCCAACGGGUGUCUCUUUGGCUGCGACCUGGGACCACAAAAUCGUCCAACGAGUCUGCGAGGUGCUCGUUGCAGAGGCUAAGAGCAAAGAGGUUGAUGUUUUGCUCGGGCCCACUGUCUGCAUUCCCAGGACGCCGCUGGGCGGUCGCAACUUUGAAGCGUACAGCGAAGACCCGUUCCUUACUGGAAAACUUGCUGGCACCUUUAUCAAUUCCAUCCAGAGCGAGGGAAUUGGGGCUUGCAUCAAGCAUUUCGCAGCCAACGAUCAGGAGACUCGUCGUUUUUUCAUCGAUGAAAAGAUUCCCGACCGCGCCCUCCGGGAGAUUCACCUUCAGCCUUUCCAAAUCGCCAUUCGCGACAGCAACCCGUGGACUCUCAUGACAGCGUACAACAAGGUCAAUGGAGUCUUUUGCUCUGCCCACGACUUCCUCCUUCGAGAGGUGCUGCGUGAGGAGUGGGGCUGGGAUGGUCUUGCAAUGAGUGACUGGUUCGGCACCAACAGUAUUGUCCCAUCAUUGAAGGCUGGAUUAGAUCUUGAGAUGCCUGGACCCGUCAGACGUCGAGGAAAGCAUCUCCUAGAGGCACAUAGCAAAGGCCUUGUGGAGACGUCCGUAAUUGAUGCCUCUGUCAUCCGGCUUCUGGAAUUGCUCUACAAAACCGGCAAGAGCCAGAUCCCUGAUUGGCAAGAAGGACAAGAAAAAGCCUCCGACCUGCCGGAGCACCGAAGUAUUCUUCGAAAUGCGGGUGCGGAUGGAAUCGUUCUCCUUAAGAACUCAGAAUCGCUCCUCCCACUGCAGGAUCUGGACGCAAAACGAAUCGCAGUAAUUGGUCCUAAUGCCGCCCGUUCUGUCGCCAGCGGAGGAGGCAGCUCAAACCUCGAGCCGCACUACAGGACGACGCCUUACCAGUCUCUGAAGACGGCGAUCCUCAAGCGCUAUCCAAAUGCCUCAGUGGAAACUCGCCAGGGCAUCCUGACUCAUCGAUACCUCCCUCUGGUGGACUCUAGUGUGAUGAAGAACCCAGUGACAGGAGAUAAUGGCUUUGUUCUGUCCCUCUGGAGAAACAUGGCACACUCUGGAGAACCCUUCAUGGUCGAGCAUCGACCCAGCUCCAACCUCGUCUGUUACGACGGAUUGCCGCCAGAGCUGACGACCGGCGAGAGAUAUUCGUACCGAGGAAGAACCACCAUCACGCCAAAGACCUCUGGAGUGCACCAAUUUUCACUUUCUUCCUGUGGAUCUGGAAAGCUCUUCCUUGACGGAAAGCUCCUUAUUGACAUCGAGCGACGAUGGUGGUCGCCGAAGUCAGCCUUGUUUAUGAGCUAUGGCUCUCCUGAAGAACGAGUUGACGUCCACAUGGAAGCUGGAAAGUCCUACGAGCUUCUCCUGGAAUCGAUCAGCCGGGAGCCCAAGCCGUAUGAUCUCACAUAUAUGGGAAUGUUGGAAAGAGAGGAGAUUCAGGAUGGCGGCAGAAUCGGAUUCCUGGAGAACCCGGGAAACCUCGAUCAACACUUCCAAGACGCCGUCGACCUCGCCAAAUCAAGCGACAUUGCCAUCGUGGUAGUCGGAAAGGACCAUGAGUGGGAGACGGAAACAAGCGACAUGCCCUCCAUGUCUCUCCCUGGGCGAUCCGAUGAGCUUAUUGCGGCUGUCUCCAAGGUCAACGACAAGGUUAUUGUAGUGAACCAGACGGGCAGUCCCAUCACAAUGCCUUGGGAGUCCCAGAUCCACACAAUCGUCCAGGCCUGGUACCAGGGCCAAGAGCAAGGAAACUGCUUGUCGGACGUUAUUUUGGGGGCUGUCAAUCCUUCUGGAAAAUUGCCAAUUACAUUUCCGCGCCGGAUCGAGGAUUCGCCACCAUUUGAUAACUAUCCUGGGGAUAAUGAUGUCGUCCACUAUGGGGAAGGUAUCUACGCUGGCUACCGUUUCUACGACCAUCGCAAGAUCGAACCCUUGUUCCCUUUCGGGCAUGGUCUGUCUUACACGACAUUCAAGUACUCCAACAUUCGCCUGAGCUCUAAUAUCUUGGCUUGUGACGGCAAAGGUCCUGACCAGAUUGAGGUUCAGGUUGACGUUACAAACAAUGGAGACCGCGAAGGCAAAGAAGUAGUCCAGUUCUACGUGUCUCAAGUGAGCACGCCUAAGCUAAGCCGCCCGGUGAAGGAAUUGAAGGGCUGGGACAAGGUUUCAGUGGCACCUGGAGAGACAGUGACAGCUCGCGCGACACUCGACCGAGUGAGCGUCUCAUAUUGGGAUGACAGCAUCAAUAAAUGGGUCAUUGAUGGAGGUGCGGAAUUCAAGGUUUCUGCAGCCAAGCAUUCCAGAGAUGAAAGCCUGGCGAUCCAGUUCUAUUCUGGAAACUCAGUAGAAUGGGUUCAUUAG